CCUAUAUUUUAGGUAUACGAGCAAUUAAAACACCGUGACUUCUCUCUCUCUCUCUCUCGAGUUCAGAGUUAAACUGUAGACCGUUACGUGUAUAUAUGUAUGUAGGUCUCGGAGUAUUUGGCGAGGGCUGUAAGCCUCGUAACCGGAUCGAAUAAUCCCUUACUUAUUGCAGUUUAUAGAGCUAAGGCAUAUUGCUUGGAAAGUUCAUACACUAACUGAGAUACGUUUAUCGUACGUGUGCCCAAUCGAAAUUCAAAUUUCAAAAUUUCAUUUAUUCGCGGCAACUGUGAUUGCAAAUUAUUGACAAAGUUGGCUAUGCAGAUUCGCGAUAUUUCCACACGCCUAAAAAACAGUAUAAUUUCUAUCGGCCGUCAAUUUUAUACAGAAAAUCUGUCAACCGUAUAAACGUACGUCAAUUAUACGGAAAUGGACUGUUGGCGAUUUUAUUAAUUUUUAUACGAAAGAAAUACAAUUUAUUAUCGAGUAAACAGGAGCGGGAAGAUAUUUUUAUACAUGGAAUUGAUCAACGACGCUGCAUUUCCAUCAGGUAAAUUAGUCAAACGUUAUUUAACCCUAAUGUCAUCCGAAAGAUACCAAAAAUACCACGACGAAAAAGCGGAAAACGGCAGCCCCGUAAUUGGCUCUGUUAUUUUAUAAAGUGGCUGUCGUCGCGUCGCGGUCUGUCGGAUUCUUUCCGGCUACAUCGGUUUCUACGAUAACAAACCCAUGCGUAUACUACGUGUAUUACACGUUUCGUUUCGCCGUCAAUGUUUACUCCGGACUCUCCAAGGUCGUACGGUUUCGGCUGCGGUAAUCUCGUGUUUAUCUAUAACGCUACCAGCUUUCUUUUUCGACUCGCGAUUUUCUCGCAGAGAUUCCGGGUAGUCGGUACGAAUUUUUCGUGGUCGUCGUCGUCGACGCGACGUCGUCGUCGUCGUGUCUCGUUCAUUCCGCAUCGGAACGUCGAGUUAUCAUGGCUAAUUUUCCGCCUUUGUUACCCGCUCUCCUCAACAACCGCUCGCUGCCGGUCCAUCCCCUCAAACCCUUUUUCAUUGCGCCGCCUUUUUAAUAACCUAAUGGCUCUUAUGCGAGGCAUUAUGCACCACCCGUUCCCGUUCCCGUUCCCGUUCCCGUUCCCGUUCCCGUUCCCAGUCCCCCUUUCCUAGCCCUCUUCCCUGCAUUUUAUUUGCAAUCGUCGUUCAGACAACAAAACGUUGUCAGCUUUACCUAGCUUCAAAAAAAACUCUCGUUUCCCUGUGUCUUAUUUCUGAUUUUUUCGUUCUCUUUUUCUUUUCUUUUUUUUCUUUUUCUUUCAAACGUUGGUGCUUUUUCAAAUUUUUAUCUUCCUCGUUCACCUCGUCGUUAUCUACCUCGUUUCACCCUCGAUGAUUGUACGCGGCAAACGAAACACGGUGAGAAAAAAAGAACGAGAAUGAGAGGCGAAAUCCUCGUGCUUCCUCGAAAAUUAGACUUUGGUUUUUUUGGUUUUGAUGAAAAUAUUACAACGGUGCAGUUUUCGAUAUCUGGCGUGAAACGUAUAUAGGUAUGAGAAUUUCAUCGUUCAAUCUAUUACAAUUCAGACGGUGAUUCUGGCGGCGGGUACUUAAUCUUUCGUUUCAUAUAAUCGACUAUUACAUUUUAUGCGAUAUCGGACGUUUUUAAUUUCCCUGUUACCAAAUGGCGAGGGCGUAAAUUACGACUGGUAAAAACCGAGCGGGUUCACUCCGCUGUAUAAACGAAGAGCGUUCCGAGCUCGCUGAAUAUGCUGAGUGAACCGAACUGCCGAACGAUAGCUGCAGCAAACAUUUGCACCUGUACGUACGUACGUUGUACGUGGCACACGGGAACGUAAAGAAGCCAUUGUGAUCGGGCAAGGAUUCCCUCGAGCGUGGGAAACCGAAAUAAGGAAAGAUCGAGAGUCGAAAGAUCUAAUGAAAAUUAUUUUCGUUAAAAUGUUUUCCGGAUCGGAACAGUGAGAUGAAGAGGCGAUCGAUGAGUUGGACGCAUCGACGAUGGGAUUUCUCCGUUUCGACCGCCCUAAUCGUUCUAACGCUCGCGAUAUUCUCAUCCGCAACCUCGACGGGAUCCGACGAUCGUCGACUCGGCAACGACUCACGCGGUUCUCCGAAGGGUCCGGAAUCGGUGAAAACCAUUCGGGAAUCGAACGGUGCGAAAAAUAACGAUCCUGGAACAGGAAGUAACGAGGAAUCCGGGGGUACUCGCUACGGGACGGAGAAUCGAAACAAUCCGAACGAAAACAACGAGGAGAACAGUCCGGCGUUGAAUUCGUUCUUGGAGAAUGUACUGCGAGCCAAAGACGAACUCAAAUGGAUCGAUGAAGCGGUCAGAAAAAAAGAAUCGCAGGAUAAAUUUCUGGAUCACGUGGAUCCCGAGGGUCGUGCGGAAUCUGAGUACACUCCGUCCGCACGUCGCUACCUUCAGGAAUCACCGUUGAACGACGAUUACCCUGCGAUCGAUGAUUCGACGUUGAGGGACUGGACGAUGGAAGAAGGAAUCCAGGUGCCGGACGGCUGGUUCGAGUCCGACGACGCGGACGAGGAGGUCCCGCGGAACGGUUGGUCCAGGAGCCGUCGCGGAGACGAGUCUCCCGGUGGGUUGAAUAAAAUUGGGGAAAAUCGGGGGGACGGGGACGCGGAAUCCGGCACCCCGACGUUAGAGUCCUUGAAAAGGACCGUUCUGGAGCUGAGCAGGAGUCUCGGCGAAAGUGAGGGGAACGCGGAGGCGGCGAACGAAAGGGAAGCCUCUCGAGAUCGGGAACGCCACGUCGAGGAGAUCUCGGGAAGAAAGGAAGGACGCGCCAAAGGGGAACACGAAAGAGACAGCCGCGGUCGAUCGUACUCGAGAGCCGGGGCGGGACUUUCUUCAGGGGCGAGCUGGCGGGACGAUCCGAGAUCGGCGGCCGAUAUAUUCGACUUCCGGAGACGCGACGACGACGGCGAAGAAUCGGACGACGAAGAGGCGGAGGAGGAUCCCGAUCCGGAGAAAUCAGGGUUCGAUUAUCCGUUGCGGGUAGUGAAAAGUGCGAGCGGAGAAUACGAGGCUAAUGAAACGGACGACGCGGGUAAAACGGCGAACGUCAGAGUCUACAGGAGAUCGGGGUUUGGGGAGUCAUCCCCUGAUUUUUCCGUGGGGUACGGAUACCACGACGCGGAGGAUCACGGUCGUGAAAAACGCAGCGGAUACGAAGAGAACGUCGAAGAAAUAAAAGAGAUUGGUGAGGGGCCAGAUAAGAUUGGUGCGGUCGGUGGGAAUGACGAAAGCGAGAGGAACGGGAGCCUAGCAGCGAACGCGACUAAAAAUGAUAACGAUUCGGUAAUGUUGAGCGCAGCCGAAGCAAAGGAUGGAAAUAAUACGGAACGAUCGUCGGAACACGGCGAGGAUGUUAAAAAAUCGGUCGACGAUAACCGCGCGGCGUUAAUAUCCGAGGGGGAAAAAUCCACGGGAGUUGAAAAUUCUGUAGAGACCGGAAAUACGAGGGCGGAUGCCCCGCUAACGUCAACGGAUGGAGAAAGAUCCUCGGUUAAGAAGGUCGAAUCGUGCGAUAAAGGAGAUAAACGAGAGCCGAAUGGAUCGUCGGCCGACGAAAUUAUUUUGGAAGAAAAUGUCCACGCCCGAUCGAAAGAGAUUCUGAAAAACAAGCAAAGCGAUGAGAACCCAGAUGCGAAUGUUGAGGAGACGAAAGAGGUGGAAAAAUCCGAACCAACGGACGACGCGGUGCCUAAAUUAUCCGCGAAUUACGGUAAGGAACAAAAGGAUAUCGAGGAACAAAGAGCAAAGGUGGAGAAUGAGAGUCACGCGUCAGGUUCGGAGACGACUAAGGAGAGCAGAAAUUUUGAAAAUGUCACAAACGUCAAUGAAGAGUUACCGAAGAACGUGGAUUCUCUGGGAACGAAUGGAAAAAUAGUGGAGCCGAUAGAAGUCGAGAGCGAAUUAUUUUUUAACGAAAACGGCCUCGACUCCGAUACCGCACGAAGUGGAGAAGAUCCUUCGACGAAUCGCGGAGGAUCGCAGCGCAAACUUUUAUGGUUAUCCGGCGAUGUGGAGCGUGAAACGGACUCGAAAGAUUCCGAAAUUCGCGACGGUCGAAGGGACUCCGCUUGGGAUCAGAAGGACGACGCGACGAGAUCGGUGCAGCGUCCCGCGAAUUUAAUCGACAGCCCGGCAGCGAGUCGGGAUUCGAUGUCGAGUAAAAGACGGAACUCGAAGUUCGCCAAGAGGUCGUCGAAGGACGCGCGAGGAAAUAAGGCAGCGGAUUCCCUGGAUCACAGAUUAGAAAAAUUCAAAAAGAGCCCGAGAAAGUUCGCCGAUCUCUCAAAAACGGCGAGAUCUGGAGCGCGGUCAUCGAAAAGUGCUGCGAACGCGCGAGAAAAUUCUCCGGACGAAGAUCCGCUUCGCGUCGCCCUGAACGAGGAAGGGGAAGCCGACGACGGAGGUAGGGACCAUUUCGAAGUUCGAGGCCGCUCGGCGCGAGUUCCCGAAGGUCCUCAACGGCAGGACAGAGAGAGGGACCCGAUGAGGGACCGGAUAAAUAUGCUGAUCAAGCAGAAGCUGGACGACAGAGGGAAGGGAAAACUGACCCACGUGAAGCGAGAAGUUCGCGAAACUGAUCCUGAGAAUAUCGAGUACUACGACUACAACAGCGACGUUAACGCGAACGGGAAUUCGGACCGCGAUUCCGCGGCGUUGGACUACGACCAGAAACAAAUGUCCGGCGAUCAGACCCCUCCGGGCGAUCAAGGUGCGAUUUUAAUUACGGCGCAGUUUCCGGUUCACUCCACUUCGGGGUAUUUUCAAGGUGGCGGAGAUCCCUCAGCGACGACGACCACCCCCUCGAACGAUGCGCAAGAACCGAUGCUGAAGAAGGACGAGAACGCCGCGGAGGAAUUGAGACAGGAAACACUCCGCGCGCAGACGAACUGCAAACCUCCGAAACAGGAAUUCAUAUCCGACGCGAACCUCGACCAACCGACGUCGAACACCGAAAAACCAUCACCCAACGAAAUCAUACCGGAGAACUCGAUACCCGGAUCGAAAGCGGAGGACGAGGGUGUCGAGGGUGUCGGACGAAAUUCGGACGACAGGAACGACCGUCGCGAUCGGCCAGCGCCACCGGCGGAAUCGGAUAGUCGGGAAUCCGAACUGAGGGGAGUUCCGGAUGGUCGUUACCGCGAAAACGAAGAUUCUGCAGAUCGUUUGAAAAGCGUCGAAAACGUCGAGGGGAAGGACGAGUCGAAAGAUCCUUUGGAGUACAGCGUAAACGUGCAUGGGAAAAUUGACCCGGAAUCAAUCGACGAAAUUUUGGGUACAAAAUCGUCGACGAACACAAAAAACGACGAAGAGAAACCCGAUUCGAUGAAGGAGGACACGAGGUACGACGACAGAAAUCGCGAGGGCGAGUACGACAGCUGGAAGUACGAAGGUUUCGGCGAUCGCUCCCGAUCCGGUUUGGAACAAAGACCCGAAGAGGAGGAUUCCGACGGACUUGAACCCGCGCGGACUUACAGCGUCGACAAGAAAACGGAAUCGCGUAGCGGUUGGCGUUACGGCGAUUCGGCCAGGAUAGAAGAGGAAGAUAAUGGUGUUCAGGGCGCUCUUUCAUCCCCCCAAAACGAAUUCGAAGAGAAAUCGCUCCGUUCAAAAGACGCAUCGAAUUUCGAUACCGCUCGUUCUUCGUCGUUGUAUCGGCACCGAGAAGCCAGACUUGCCGAAGGUAAUAUUCAGCCACCUGGACUUGGACGGGCUCUUGAAAAUCUCUUUAGUCGAUACUUGGGUCUGUCAUAG